CGAUCAGCCCAAUAAAAUUAUCACCAAUUUACAGCAAACAGUUUAGUAGAAAGACUGGCGCAUCGCAUUUCGCAUCGACAGCGCUAAUUCGAACUUGACCGAAACCGAUUUUUUUUGAUUUGAUUCGUUUUCCAGUUGAGUCCCAGUAGUUUAUGAACAAUGAGCGGUUCAUCAAUUAAAGUUAGUGCUAAUCAACCAGAACUGAUCGAACGCAACAAUACUGGAUCGGCAUCUCCGGAUCAGACUGGGACGAUCGGAUUGAAUAAAUGUGGAGUUCAGAACAAAUUUGAAAAGCAGCAUUCUCUGCAGGAUUUGUUGGACAAAGAAGCCAAAGAAACAAAAAUUCCAGCUUUUCAAAGAGGAAGAUCAAAUUCUGAUGGAGCCGCCCUGCAAUUGCUCGACUCUUCAGAAGCAUUUCCCAGCUUAUCGAAUACUGUUCUGGAAAAACUUGGUUUAUAUGGGGACGCCACCAGAGAGCAGCUGAAUGAAGACUCGGUGGAACAUAAAUUCACGAGUUUGUCCUUAGCUUUUACCAUAGACGCUACAACGAUUAAGGAUAGAUGUGAGAGGCAGAGAAGAGGCCGAGACCAAACGGAAAACAAUUUUAAUCAGGAAGUUGAGAGGCUGAAGGAUAAAUUGGCUCUAUUGAAGCCGUUGUGUGUGGAUUUUGAAACCGCUGAUCUUCUAUCGAAUUUGUUUGCUCAGGUGGAAACUUUAACUAAAGCCGCCUCCUUGGUGUCGAUAGCGGCAGAAAGAUAUGGAGCCGUCCAACACGAAGAACGCCUGACUGAGUCGGUUCAGUUGAUGGUUACUCAUGUCCAAACCCUCAAGCAGCAAAGAGACUCAGCCUUUAGGCAGUUGCAGUAUACCAAGCGCGUUUUACAAGAACCAGUUGUACAUACAGAAACGAAUGCAGCGAACCAGAAGUCUGGACAGAAUAAAGUUAUGGUUAGCAAGCGACGAGCUAGCACAGAUUCAGUGAAUUUUAGCAACCCGCAUGUUGAUCAAAACGUGAAAUUGAACAGGAGGAUUUCGGACCUUUCCUUUCGAGCUUCUCUAGGCAAAACCAGAUCGAGCAGAUUAGACUUGGGAAUGGAAUUGAACAAAAUCAAAGAAAUGUCUUUAGACGAAGGGUUUAAGGACGAGCCUCUGACAGUGUCCGAGAAAACAACGCCCGAAGACUCAAAGGAGGACUUAGAUUCGGAUUUUGAAGCAAGUUGCCUGGCUGAGAACGUAUGUGCUGGUCAAAUGCCCAAAGAUGAACAUAUUGUAGCAGAACUUUCUAGUAUCAUCAAAUUGAAAUGUAUGAUCUACAUUGAAGGCAUCCGAAAGAAAUUAUUGCAAGUUUCAAAAAAAUGGUCAGAAAAUGGUUAUCUUCAUGCCUUCCUCAACUCUUGUGCAGUUUUGUGUUUUUCCGUCAGUAUUCUGACCUUGGCCAGUAUAUUUCUGGAGCAAGAAUGUACUAAAGGGCCUACUUAUUGGUUAUUUCCUUGGCUGAAAAAGAGUAAAUAAUUUAGGAUGCCUUCCCUCUGGCUAGAAUUUUCUGAUUAAUAUAUGUAAUAUAUUUUAUUACAAAGUG